CCUGGGAAACCUGCCAAGGAGAGCCCUAUAAACAGACGCUUUUCCCCCUCUGAAAUAGAACAGUGCUACACUGUGACCAUGUGCCAGUGCUGGGGAGGGAGUUGCCCUUGGCCGUGUAUCUUUGUAUCGUUGAGGGCGUGCAGUGAUCGCCCUGUAUUUGACAUCAGCUUUAAAUGGCCACAUCAGCAGACAGUUAAUCAGUUAGAUAAAGAAGAGCAUGCCCCAACUGGGGCUUAUAUAUAAAGGGAGGCCAACGGGCAUUCUCAGUCCUGCCACAGUCCUGCCACAGUCCUGCCAUAGCCAUGGCAUUCAAUGGUACCUGGAAAGUUGAACGCAACGAGAACUAUGACAAGUUCAUGGAGCAGAUGGGUGAGUCGGUGUGUGUGUGUGUGUGUGUAUGUGUGUGUGUAUAUAUGUGUUUUAUGAAAGGUGAUGUUGUACAUCUCAAUGAGGGAUGCUAUUUCCAACGUGGCUUGGUAUGAUCAGCACUUACGCUACUGUCAGACUUACAUCAUGUCAUCCUAUAUAAAGCAAGUGUUGUUAUUGUUAUGACAGUGUGGGUUUGGAGACGUGUGCCGCUUCGGGGGUAAUCUUUGAUCCUGUGGCUUAUUUGAGUGUAAUGUGAGUUACCAGUUAGAGGCAGCACAGCUGCAAUAAUAACUCUUGGCCGUUGCCAUUUUAAAAGCUUGUCAACAAACACAAGCUUUUUUUGGGAUCGGGGCAUAAUGGAAAAAAACUACAGUGAUGCACGCACACCAUUUCCAGACAGUAUAUUUAGUUAGUAUGAAUAAAUGGGCAAAUUUGACCUUGGACCUAAUUGAUAACAGUUACCUACCUAAGUAAAUAAAACAUGUUUAGUUGCCCAAAUGGGGGGCUUGAACAUUUAAAUAUCUAUCCAGCCAUUACACCAAGAGAUUCAGACCCACCCCUCAUAUACAACACUCAUCUAUUGCAUUUUCCAACAGGCAUCAAUGUGAUGAAGAGGAAGUUGGCUGAACAUGACAACCUGAAGGUUAUCAUCGAGCAGACAGGAGACAAGUUCCACAUCAAGGAAUCCAGCACCUUCCGCACCAAAGACAUCGACUUCACCCUGGGCGUCCAGUUUGACUAUGCACUGGCCGACGGCACCGAAGUCUCAGUAUGUUUCAACUCUUUAAACCUAAACUUAUUUUAGUAGGCCAUUGUACACAGCGUCCAACAGACAGCUGUAGAGAUUGAAGUCUAAACAAAGUCAUAAAGCCUUCAUAAAACGUAAAUCCUUCAAAUCACUUCUGCUUUGUGUCAUUGAUUACCUGUUGUCAUGCUUUGAAAAAAAGUGGCAUCAUGCUGAUGAUGGAAUUGGAAGAGUUUAACUUUUACAACAGUUAAUACGAUGUCAGCCUUCUGAAGUCUGGCAGUGACCUAUGCAUGAUUGUACACUGUAAACGUUUUGGGGGGAUUUAGUCCAUACAGGGAUUUAGUCCAUACAGGGUAACCCAUUAGAAUAAGCAGCCUCAAUGUUUGCAGCCAUAGGUUAAAAAAAAUCCAACAUAGACAAAGUCCAUGAAGCAGGACUUAAAAUUGGGUAAUUGUUGAGCUGACAUGGAAUACUCCAUUAACCCAAUGAUUUCUGCUCAAUAUGAGUUAAAAUAUUGAUGUUUUACUUUUGCAACACAAAUAGCGGCGUUGAUCACACAGGAGACCCCUAACUUAAAAUACUGCAUUGGUUUGACAUACAAGUAUCAUUAACAUAUUUCCCAGUGUGCCUUUCUGCAAGUUUAUUUUGGUCUAUUUACUUGUCAGGGACCAGUUUACAAUGAAUAUACACUACCAGUCAAAAGUUUGGACAAUAAUGAAGACAUCAAAACUAUGAAAUAAUAAUCAUGUAGUAACUAAAAAAGAGUUAAACAAAUCAAAAUAUACACUGCUCAAAAAAAUAAAGGGAACACUUAAACAACACAAUGUAACUCCAAGUCAAUCACACUUCUGUGAAAUCAAACUGUCCACUUCGGAAGCAACACUGAUUGACAAUACAUUUCACAUGCUGUUGUGCAAAUGGAAUAGACAACAGGUGGAAAUUAUAGGAAAUUAGCAAGACACCCCCCUCCCCAAUAAAAUAAAGGACUGGUUUUGCAGGUGGUGACCACAGACCACUUCUCAGUUCCUAUGCUUCCUGGCUGAUGUUUUGGUCACUUUUGAAUGCUGGCGGUGCUUUCACUCUAGUGGUAGCAUGAGACGAGUCUACAACCCACACAAGUGGCUCAGGUAGUGCAGCUCAUCCAGGAUGGCACAUCAAUGCGAGCUGUGGCAAGAAGGUUUGCUGUGUCUGUCAGCGUAGUGUCCAGAGCAUUGAGGCGCUACCAGGAGACAGGCCAGUACAUCAGGAGACGUGGAGGAGGCCGUAGGAGGGCAACAACCCAGCAGCAGGACCGCUACCUCCGCCUUUGUGCAAGGAGGAGCAGGAGGAGCACUGCCAGAGCCCUGCAAAAUGACCUCCAGCAGGCCACAAAUGUGCAUGUGUCUGCUCAAACGGUCAGAAAAAGACUCCAUGAGGGUGAUAUGAGGGCCCGACAUCCACAGGUGGGGGUUGUGCUUACAGCCCAACACCGUGCAGGAUGUUUGGCAUUUGCCAGAGAACACCAAGAUUGGCAAAUUCGCCACUGGCGCCCUGUGCUCUUCACAGAUGAAAGUAGGUUCACACUGAGCACAUGUGACAGAUGUGACAGAGUCUGGAGACGCCGUGGAGAACGUUCUGCUGCCUGCAACAUCCUCCAGCAUGACCGGUUUGGCGGUGGGUCAGUCAUGGUGUGGGGUGGCAUUUCUUUGGGGGGCCGCACAGCCCUCCAUGUGCUCGCCAGAGGUAGCCUGACUGCCAUUAGGUACCGAGAUGUGAUCCUCAGACCCCUUGUGAGACCAUAUGCUGGUGCGGUUGGCCCUGGGUUCCUCCUAAUGCAAGACAAUGCUAGACCUCAUGUGGCUGGAGUGUGUCAGCAGUUCCUGCAAGAGGAAGGCAUUGAUGCUAUGGACUGGCCCGCCCGUUCCCCAGACCUGAAUCCAAUUGAGCACAUCUGGGACAUCAUGUCUCGCUCCAUCCACCAACGCCACGUUGCACCACAGACUGUCCAGGAGUUGGCGGAUGCUUUAGUCCAGGUCUGGGAGGAGAUCCCUCAGGAGACCAUCCGCCACCUCAUCAGGAGCAUGCCCAGGCAUUGUAGGGAGGUCAUACAGGCACAUGGAGGCCACACACACUACUGAGCCUAAUUUUGACUUGUUUUAAGGACAUUACAUCAAAGUUGGAUCAGCCUGUAGUGUGGUUUUCCACUUUAAUUUUGAGGGUGACUCCAAAUCCAGACCUCCAUGGGUUGAUACAUUUGAUUUCCAUUGAUAAUUUUUGUGUGAUUUUGUUGUCAGCACAUUCAACUAUGUAAAGAAAAAAGUAUUUAAUAAGAUUAUUUCAUUCAUUCAGAUCUAGGAUGUGUUGUUUAAGUGUUCCCUUUAUUUUUUGGAGCAGUGUAUUUUAUAUUUAAGCAUCUUCAAAUAGCCACCCUUUGCCUUGAUGACAGCUUUGCACACUCUUGGCAUUCUCUCAACCAGCUUCACCUGGAAUGCUUUUCCAACAGUCUUGAAGGAGUUCCCACAUAUGUUGAGCACUUGUAGGCUGCUUUUCCUUCACUCUGCGGUCCGACUCAUCCCAAACCAUCUCGAUUGGGUUGAGGCCAGGUCAUCAGCACUCCAUCACUCUCCUUCUUGGUAAAAUAGCCAUUACACAGCCUGGAAGUGUGUUGGGUCAUUGUCCUGUUGAAAAACAAAUGAUAGUCCCACUAAGCCCUAACCACAUGGGAUGGCGGCGUAUCGCUGUAGAAUGCUGUGGUAGCCAUGCUGGUUAAGUAUGCCUUGAAUUCGAAAUAAAUCACAGACAGUGUCACCACCUAAGCACCCCCACACCAUAACACCUCCUCCUCCAUGCUUUACGGUGGGAAAUACACAUGCGGAGAUCAUCCAUUCACCCACACCACGUCUCACAAAUCUUCAAUUUGGACUCCAGACCAAAGGACAAAUUUCCACCGGUCUAAUGUCCAUUGCUCGUGUUUCUUGGCCCAAGCAGGUCUCUUCUUCUUAUUGGUGUCCUUUAGUAGUCGUUUCUUUGCAGCAAUUCGACCAUGAAGGCCUGAUUCACACAGUCCCCUCUGAAGAGUUCAUGUUGAGAUGUGUUUGUUACUUGAACUCUGUGAAGCAUUUAUUUGGGCUGCAAUUUCUGAGGCUGGUAACUCUAAUGAACUUAUCCUCUACAGUAAAGGUAACUCUGGUCCUCCAUUCCUGUCACGGUCCUCAUGAGAGCCAGUUUCAUCAUAGCGCUUGAUGGUUUUUGCGACUGCAUUUGAAGAAACGUUCAAAGCUAUUGAAAUGUUCCAUAUUGACUGACCUGUCUUAAAGUGACCUGUCUUAAAGUAAUGAUGGACUGUCGUUUCUCUUUGCUUAUUUGAGCUGUUCUGUAAGGGUUGGUGUGAGGUGUGACCCAGGUGCAGUGCAGGAUAGACAGUAGGCAGUAGGCAGAGAUGGUGAAAUUUUACUGGUGGUCCCGAAGCGAGGAUACAAAAUAACGGACUUAACAUGAUAAAAGAAAGGAGGAGCAAAUAAGUCUCCAAAAACAGGCUGACUGCCAAAAUACGAAAUAGUAACUACGACUGAAAUAAUAAAGAAACAGGGAGAACACUUCUCGAGUACCUGUACAUACUUCUCCGAUCAGACACUGAUUAGUACUGCUGAGCAUAGAGAAACUAGCAGAGAAAACUGAGCAAGGGAACACAGGGAACUGAGGGCAUAAAUACACAGGUGAACAGGUAGACACAAGUGACACCAAUAGGAUCAUGAUUAGAAUCAGAAUGUCCCUCAAGGGCACCCAGGACCGCUCCUCCGGCCCAUAACCCACCCGGUCCACCGAACCGGGGGGACAGCUUCCUGGACACCGCGUGGAGAGUCACACCCUCUGUCCCGGGCAAAAAACUGGGGCCGGGCGAUGCCUGCGGUUGGCCUGAUGUUGACACCUGACCGAGGUCUGCUUAAGCGCUGCCCGUACCUGCCUCCCGGUGUUUGCGACAGCGACUGAUGUGGGCAUUGACCAACGGGACCGCCGGGGGUCGUCCCUCUCCACCAGGUCCACGGGGUCGAACUGCCGGGAGAGCGCGUUAGGCUUGGUGUUCUUCGACCCCGGACGGUAUGAGAUCGUGAACCGGAACCUGGUGAAGAACAACGCCCACCUGGCCUGGCGCGAGUUGAGCCUCUUGGCCCCCUGAAUGUAGGCUAAGUUUUUGUGGUCAGUCCAUACGACGAAUGGAUGGGUGGCCCCCUCUAGCCAAUGCCUCCACUCCCCCAGGGCGAGCUUGACCGCUAGCAGCUCAUGGUUCCCCACGUCAAAAUUCCUCUCCGCCGGAGACAGCCGACGGGAGAAAAAUGCGCAGGGGUGAGUCUUACCGUCCGUGAGGAACCGCUGGGACAGGAUUGCUCCCACCGCAACGUCUGAAGCAUCCACCUCCAUAAUGAACGGACGGAUCAGGGUGCCCUGGGACCGGGGCCGAUGUAAAGCGCUGCUUAAUGCUUCCGGGGUCCAGGCGAAGGAGCGCAUGCACAUCUGGGUGAGGGCUGUCAGGGGAGAGGCUAGGGAGCUAAAAUUGCGAAUAAAUCACCUAUAAAAAUUAGCGAACCCUAAAAACCGUUGUAGUUGCUUGAGGGAGGAGGGCUGGGGCCAAUCCAGAACCGCGCUGACCUUGGCUGGGUCCAUCUGUAGGUCACCCUGGGUGACGAUGAACCCCAGGAAGGAGACUGGCUCCUUGUGGAGCACGCACUUCUCCGCCUUGUCCUGGAGCACGUCAUUGACCAACGCGUGGAACACCACAGGCACGUUGGCUAGACCGAACGGCAUGACUUGGUACUCGUAAUGCCCACUGGGUGUGUUAAAAGCCAUCUUCGACUCGUCCCCCUCCCGAAUCCUCACCAGGUUGUAGGCAUUUCGUAAGUCCAGCUUGGUGAAGACCCGGGCUCCCUGCAACGACUCGAAUGCCAUCAUCAUCAGGGGGAGUGGGUAGCGGUUCUUAACCGUGAUGUCGUUGAGCCCACAAUCCUUUUUCCCCACGAAGAAGAAGCCCGCGCCCGCGGGUGAGGUGGAGGGGCAGAUGUGACCCUCGACGAGUGCCUCGUUGAUAUACUCCCUCAUGGCCAGUGUCUCCGGCCGGGACAAGGACAACAAUCGCUCUCGUGUGGGCAUGGCGCCCGGCAGGAGAUCGAAAGCCCAGUCUUAUGGUCUGUGAGGAGGUAGGCCCUUGGCACGCCUCUUACUAAACACCUCCCCCAGAUCCCAAUACUCCCAGGGAACGCCUGCCAGGUCUGGGCCGGUGACGGAGUCUGUAGCCGCCGUCCUCCCGGUGGCAACCACCGCUAGGGCGGUAGGCGGUUCGGAGUGCGGGACCUGGGGAAGAGGUGAGGACUGGUAGGUGGUUUGGGACGGUGGUUUGGGCUGAUGAGUGGUCGGUGGAGACCGGAACAGGACGCGGGCGGAGCCUCCCUCCAGGAUGAGCCGCCCCAUGGACCAGUCUAUCCGGGGUUUGUGGGCGACCAGCCAGGGAUGCCCGAGGAUGAGGGGACACUCCGGAGAGUGGAUAUGCUCCUAUAGCCCCCCUGCCACCCUGACACGCACGGGGACAGUGCAACGGGUGAUGAAGCCCGACCCCAACGGCCGGCCGUCCAGGCCCAUGACCGGAACCGGCUCGGAGUGGCAGAGUAACGGAACGCUCCACCCUUGGGCCAGCCCCACGUCCAUCAGGUUUCCCGCGGCCCCAGAAUCUACCAGUGCAUGCAGCCGACGCGCAUCGCGGGCCCACUGAACCCUGACGGGGAGAAAAGUCUGGGAGUCCAUGGAGUUGGGGUUUCGGUUCCGGCUCGCUAGCACCCCUCCCGAUACUAGCGAGGCCCUCCUGUUUCCCCGCUUACCCCGGGCAUGAGUCGCAGUGGUGACCUGCCUGGCCGCAGUACAGACAACGUCCCUGGCGCAGACGCCGCUGCCUCUCCAUCCUGGACAAGCCUUGCAUCAUCCCUCUCUCGUGCGCCUUCUCACGACGCCGUCACACAUCUCCGGAGGUGGUAGGUGGGGUUCCCGCGAUGUCGCAGGCGAGACAGGAGACGCCGCUGCCUCAGCUUCCGCUUUAAGAAGGCACAACUGUUAAUUGAAAUGCAUUCCAGGUGACUACCUCAUGAAGCUGGUUGAGAGAAUGCCAAGAGUGUGCAAAGCUGUCAUCAAGGCAAAGGGUGGCUAUUUGAAGAAUCUCAAAUAUAAAAUAUAUUUUGAUUUGUUUAACACUUUUUUGGUUACUACAUGAUUCCAUAUGUGUUAAUUCAUAGUUUUGAUGUCUUCACUAUUAUUCUACAAUGUAGAAAAUAGUAAAAAUAAAGAAAAACCCUGGAAUGAGUAGGUGUGUCCAAACUUUUGACUGGUACUGUAUAUAUUGGUUGUAUUAGUUAAUGUUUGGCUAACCAUUUCUUUAUAAGCUCAUAUUUGGCUAACCAUUUGCUUGAAUCAACCUAUGCCCUAGGUAUGUCUUGUCACUCAAACGCAUGUCUAAUCCAUGCAUUGAUAACAAUGGGUGAUUUGAGCAUAUAUAAUCUCUACGAGCGACAUACAUUACAGUCACCGUUAACCCUAUCUGUCCCACAGGGUGCCUGGGAGAUGGAGGGAGACGUGUUGAAGGGUAGAUUCACCAGGAAAGACAACAGCAAGGUGCUGACCACCACCCGGGCCCUGGUGGGAGGAGAGCUAGUGCAGGUCAGUGUGGAAACAUUCUGCAUAAUCCAGUCUUGUUGACUGUGAGCAUGAAUCAAAUCAAAUAAGCCAUUUUAAAAUAAUCUCAAUGGUUACAAUCUGAAAUGUUAUAAAUGCUAAUGCAGAUUUUUUUUUUUUUUUUACAUAAAUGCAGAUAAAUGUUUAGAACAUCUAUAUACCCCACCUAGAUAGUAUAUUAAUGCUUAUGAAUGAAAACUUUGUCCUGCUGAAACGUUCCCAAUAUUAUUGUUAUAACUGCAUAAGCAUUGUAAUCAGAAGUGAGAGGCAUUCACAUGGUAGUCUCUAGUGUACUCACUGUGCCGGUGUUUAUAUUUCAAUGAAAACGUCAACCUUUUUACAUGGAUUAAGGACUCUCUUCUCCAACAGAGCUACAACUACGACGGGGUGGAUGCCAAGAGGAUUUUCAAGAAGGCUUAAAGGGAUUCAUGGCGAAAUUCUAUCUCACAAAUCAUUGUGAUGAUCAUCAUAACAUUGUGUUUUGUCUAACCUUGAGAAUAUGUGGCGAGACUUUGGCUCAGGUGCCAAAUGUAAAGUAUAAGUCAACAUUUGCAGUGCCUUCCCCUCAUUCUCUAAACCCACAUACCUCCAAGAAUUCCUUACUUUUAUUGUCCUGCAUAAAACAAAUCAGGAUUCUGCCUCUACUGCUAUUCAUUCUAAUUAGACUGGUUCGGUUUUCUACCUGACCAAUAUGGCUGCCAUUUUCAGCCCACUGUGGAACUUUUGAGGGUUUAUGACAUAGCCCCUCUAGUCAUUUUCUAGAAUUGACAUGGUGUGGACCACCGAGACCUUCCAAAUAUUCAUAAAGCAAGGAACGUCAUGUUGGCUGAUCUUCUUCCAGAGUGACUACAAUCUUUGAACAUUCAAGAUAAAACUCGUCCACUGAAAUCCCAAAAAAGAGAGAACCGUCAUAUUUGGUGUACAUUUUACUGCUCUCCUUUUAUACUCAACAUUUUGAUAAUUGGUCUUGCAAAAUAAAAAAAAAAAUAAUACUUUCAUGUUCCAGUGAAUUGUAUAUGCCUGCGUGAUUUGAAAACGUCACUGUGAGAUUUGUUAUUACAUUUUACUUGAAGCCUCCGUCAUUAGCCGAUGUAAAACUGUCAUGAAUAUGUCAUAGCACGAUACAAGCUGUUAUUUAGCUCAGGAGUCAAUUGUCAUGAACUGACAUAAUCUGUCACGACAAUUUUAUGUAAUCGUCUACUCUAUACCGUUGUUAUGACAACACUAUGUAGGCCUUCGUGUGAAGUGUUUUGACAAAAAUCAUUAGGAGAUUUUUGGUAACACAGAUAAAAAAAAAAACAGACUGAUUGCUCAAAACACCCCUGAAAAGACAAUCCAAGACAGUGAGAAGAGGCUAAAAGAUGUCGGAGACAUAAAAUAUGCUUCUCCAGAACAUUGAGUGUUACUUUAAAAGGGGCAAUCUGCAGUUGCUA